AUGCAUACAUCACCGGAAAAAGCCGCCCAAGUAAUCGCCUUAAUCGAAAAUGGACUGAAACAGAGAGCUGUAGCUCGGCAACUGCAUAUGACACGUGGAGCGGUUCGAAGAGUGUUUGAACGAUAUGAGGAGAUUCGAUCCUUUCGUAGGCGACCUGGGACUGGUAGAAAGAGAUAUACAACGGAUCGUGAUGACCGCUUUAUUGUGUCAACAAUGUUAAGAAAUCGGCGUCUUAAUGCUAUUCAGGUGCAACAACAGCUCCGUGAAACAAGAGGAGUGACUAUUAGCCAGUGGACAGUAAGAAGAAGAUUGACUAUUAGAUUGUGGACAGUAAGAAGAAGGAAAGUAACAUUACCCCCAAAACACCCGCAAUUGGCCCAAAACUUACCCCAGCUCAUCGUCAAGCACGCCUGCGUUUUGCACGGGAACAUCUGA